AUGGCCGACGAGCAGAAGGUGUUUAUUCCCCCCAAGCGGGUGAACACUGACUAUCCGAUUAUCGAUACAGAUCCUCACUGGAGAAGGGCGUUUGGCUAUGCAAGAGGAGAAGACUGGUUAUAUGGAGCCGGAAUGGCCGCCGUGGGGCCGGCUUUCAUGCUUGUCACCGAACGAUACGCUCCUUCGUUCGCCGGCAAAGGCGCUUUUCCCAUGGCCUUCCGACUGGGCUGUGCCGUCGGCCUACUCGCAGGCGCAGGGCUGGUAUACCAGAGGAGUUGCUUGAGAUUCUACGGCUGGACGGAAAACGAACGGGAAGUCAAGAUGGACAUGAGAGAGAUGGUCGACAAAGUCAAGAGAGGGGAGCCGCUGUAUGGCAAGUCAGAUCUCACCCCUUACAUGCAAGGUGUCGCGGCGCGGAACAGCAGAUACUCGGCGCUGAUGGCGAACGUGGUACCGUGGGCCAAUUUUGUCAACCACAACCAGCACGGUGUGGACACGGCCAAAUAUUACCAGCAAGCAGAGCGAGAGUUGGAAGCUGAGAGGUUAUCAAAAGCCGGCAAACAAAUCUCAUCGAUUCACCGACUAUCCAAAUUGCGGGCGCAACCAGGGGAGAACAAAUGGGCGAAGGUUGAUGUAAGCUACACUUCGGCCGUUUGGGAGGAGCCUGUCGCUGCCAGCGAAGUGUUCAUUGUGCCCACCGUUGUGUCAGGCCAGGGCACGCGUCAACUUCUGUCCAUCGCAGACCAAGGCAUGAGCGACCUCGGUGCCCAAACGCGUGCAUUCGCACAGGAGGCAAAAACUGUUGACCAUGAACAAAUCGCCAUCAAGAUCGCCGCGAAAGAGCUCUCGGCACAGUUCCGCGCCUUGGGCAUCCUCAAAAUUUUCGAGUCGUAUGCGGCUUUGAUUCAGCAGGUCCAUGACCUCGCGGAGCAUUUGGCGGGCAAGUUCGGGCAGCUGCAAAAAGUGGCACAGGGCGUGCUGGAGGAGCAGGAGGAGAAAGGCGACGAGCUCACCCAGACGCCGGAGGGGGUCAAAAAGCUCACCAUCAGCCUCAAAUGCGUGAGUACCGUCUGGGCCGGCAUCAUCUCAAUAUGGGCAGAGUUCAAGAAGUUGAGAGAUGAGAUUGAGAAGGGCCAGGCGGCUCAACCUCCCUUGGCACAGCAGCAGUUUCGCGAAAACCUCCUCUUGGGCAUGGACGGGAGGAAGGGUGGGGGGACGGCGGCGAGCCGUCAUCAUCUCAUAGCAACCCGUCUCGUCGAUGCAGAGGCCGAGAAGGCGCUGGUCGAGGAGUUUGUUGAGAAAUGCACGGUCGGAGAUUCCAGGCAGGAGGCGGGCGAGGAUCGGCAAAGAGAUGGGCCCCAGUAG